CAACGUGAUUACCGAAUUACCCAAUACCCUGCAGAAAAUCAGAGCUGCCUAAAUGCCUUGAUUAGCUGAACGGUACUAUUUUAAUCCAAAAUUGUCAAUGAACUUAGCUGUACUAGACCCCAUCAAGGUCUCUGCAGAUUGUUUAAAGAUUUGUGACCAUUUCAUAUGGAGUACUGGUAUUGUUUAGACUUCAGAAUGAUUGAGAUCAUAAGAAAAAUAUAUACUAUAUGGAAUCCCCGCUGGCUAUAAAUAUGUCCUAGCUAACCUCCUUUGCUCCAUAGCAUCAAGCAAAUCUUAGCCUUUCAGCACCAAAGUAGAAGAUUUGAUCAUAAAUGGAAGCUCUAGCAUUUAUUCCAGAGUUCGAGGACGAAGAUUUGAUCAUUUCCCAUUUGCUUGCUAAUUACUGUUCUGUCACAAAUGACCUGAAUCAUCAGGCUUCAAUCUCUCAAAUCCCAUUUGCAAAUUGUCCCAGCAGCCAUGAAUGUUCAGCAGCGAAGAACAUGGAAGGCAUUGCUAAUCUUUAUUCUCGCAGAAUUAUGGCAACAAAUUGCCAUAACCCUGAACCUUUUCAUCCCUGGGAUGCCAGCAGUAGCACCAACUUUUUUUUCAGUCAAAUUGAAGAAAAUGUAGGCAUGGACCAAGUGAUGAGAAAUUGCAACGUGGAAGAUCAUGAAGUCGUGUCUGAGAAUUCUAAGAAAAGGUCUUGCAGUACUUCUGUAGAUCAUGUCCAGAAGAACAAGAGGAAUGUGAAGUCAAAGCAGACUGAUCAAAAGCCAGUCUUAACUAGAAACAUUGCAGAUAGUUGCAGCUCAGGGGAUGAUGAACCCAUGAAUGCUAAUUCUAACCAGGAUUUGAGUCCAAAAGCAAGAAUCAGUAGGGGAUUAGCAACUGAUGCACAAAGCACAUAUGCAAAGAAAAGAAGAGAUAAAAUAAACGCAAGGCUGAGAAUUCUGCAGAAUCUUGUACCUAAUGGAACAAAGGUUGAUAUCAGCACAAUGCUCGAGGAUGCUGUUGAGUAUGUGAAGUUCUUAGAGCUUCAGAUCAAGCUUUUAAGCUCUGAUGAGCUGUGGAUGUACGCUCCUGUCGUUAACAACGGAAUAGGCAUUGGAAUUCAUGACUUGCUCAACUCUUGAGGCUAAUCGUUCUGGAGGAGACAUUAGAGUGUACUUGGAGUUAAGCUGCUAGCUAGCACCUAUAAGACUAUAAGAGAAUUAGUGAAUAUUAAAAUUGCAGAUAACAGAGGCCAGUUGUUGGAAAUAAAGACCAAGGAAAAUGUUGAUUAGUAUUAGCAACUAAGGAAAGAAGCAUAUACCUAAACUUUGUAGAAAGCAUCCAGAGUCCAUUUAGGCCAAGGACCAAGAUUCAAUUUCCUAUAUUUUGUAUAGUUCUUUUUUUUAAG